UCAGCAAAAGUAGGGGAACCGAAGCUGAUGGUCGCCUGUCUCAGCCUGUCUGGCUCUCCACACCCGCUCCGAAGCUGCUCUCCACAAAUAUGCUUCGAUUCCAGGAGACAAUGUGCUCCCGCAUCACUCUCGACACAUCACACCGGCCCACUUUCUUGAUAUCCUGAUAUCGAAUCCCUCAAUUGCUCCCCCCCGUCCAGCAUCCUCCACCAUGCCCAAGAUCGUCCGCCUGACCCUCUUCAAGAUCCCCGAUCCGGCCCAUGUCCAGGAAGCCGUACAAAAGUACUCGACCCUGAGCCAAGAUGCCGUCAAAGACGGCAAGCAAUACAUUCAGAUGGCCGCCGCGAACCCCACCCAUGACGACCCCCGCUCCAAGGGAUAUACCCUCGUAGCCCGCACCGUCUUCGACAACAAGGAGGAUAUGGAUUACUAUGACAAUGAGUGCGCGGCUCAUGCUGGCAUCAAGGCCACGUUGAGGAGCAAGGUUGUCGAUGGACCGCCCCUCACCCUAUAUAUGGAUGCUUGAAGGCUCCCGGCAUAGGGAACGAAGCAGACUGUUGAAGGAGAUGGCUUUAGAACAUAGAGUCUAUAUCGUGGCGAGAAGUAUACACUGCGAACCGAAGGUGACACAUGCCUGGAAUAUCCUGCUUGCACAG